AUGUACGCGCCCAUGGACCGCUCUGCGGCCAAACUGCGCGCGCCGCCGUCGCCCUCGUCGUUCGCCUCCUCUCUCGUCAAGCGCGUGCUGCUCGUGCUCGCGUGUGCAGCAAUCAGCGUCGCCACUAGUCUCCUCCUCGUCCACGUUAUGCGCAGCGACGCCUUCCACCGCCUCGUGCGCUGGCUCCAGACGCACGAGGCACUGGGCGCGGUGCUCUACGUCUGCUGCUUCACGUCGUUCGUCGUGCUCUGCUUUCCCUCCACGGCCUUUGAGCUGCUCGCUGGCUACGUCUUUGGCUUCUCCCUGGGCCUUCUGCUCGCUACGACGGGUAAACUCGUGGGUUCAGUGCUGUCGUUCGUCAUUGGCCGCCACGUCUGCCGCCACCGCGUGCACGUCUACAUGUCGCAGGGCCACCCCGCCCUCCGCGGGUUCCAAACCCUAUUGCGCAAACGUCAGAUCCUCGUUGUGUUUCUCACGCGCGUCGCCUUUUUCCCCAUUGCUGUCAAAAACUAUGGCCUGAGCGUACUCGACGUGGCGUUUCCCGUGUACUUUGCCGCGGCGUUGCUCACGGGCCUCCCGUUCUCGGCCAUAUGGGUCUACUCGGGCCACGCGGUCGAGAACGUCGCGACGCUCUUGGCCAGUCCCACGACGUCGGGACACGGGACCGAAAUGAUUGUGCUCUUCGUGGGCGCCGGCAGUGCGUUGCUGCUAUUGGGCGUCGUGGGCAUUUACACGCGCCACUAUGUACUGGAAAUGGCCCAAGAAGAAGAAGAAGAAGAAGAAGAAGAAGAAGAAGAAGAAGAGGAACACGAAGACGAAGACGAAGAUGGAGAGCAGGGGAGAGACGUGGAGAAGAAACAGCUGCCGCGAGCGACGGGGGUGUAA